AUGUCGCACCGCUGUCUCCGUUGCCUUGCGCAUCCAUCCACCCUGCCGCCCAUCCCUCCCUCCAUGCCAUGUGCGGGCGGCAGGAACGAGUUUGAGGGCGGGUUUGGGUCCAUCACAGCCAUGGCGGUCGGCCCCUCGCGCAACCUCAAGUACCAUCCGCUCGCCCCCCGCGCCCUCGCCCUCCUGCGCUCCCGCCUCGUUCAAACCCGCCUCGCCGCCAACGCUGCUGGCUCGCCGCUCCCUCUGCCAACCAGCCGACUGCCCGAGGUGAGUGGUGCAGGUGAAGAGUCUCUGCGUGGGUGCCCCUCUCACGGCCUGUGUGCCCCUCUCACGGCCUGUGUGCCCCUCUCACUGCCUGUGUGCCCCUCUCACUGCCUGUGUGCCCCUCUCACUGCCUGUGUGCCCUUUCACUGCCUUGGGCAUGCUGCCAUGGCGUGUUGGCGUGCUGCCAUGGCGUGUGGGCGUGCUGCUAUGGCGAGUGGGCGUGCUGCCAUGGCGAGUGGGCGUGCUGCCAUGGCGUGUGGGCGUGCUGCCGUGGCGAGUGGGCGUGCUGUCAUGGCGAGUGGGCGUGCUGCCAUGGCGAGUGGGCGUGCUGCCAUGGCGAGUGGGCAUGCUGCCAUGGCGUGUGAACGUGCUGCCAUGGUGUGUGGGCGUACUGCCAUGGCGUGUGGGUGUGCUGCCAUGGCGUGUGGGCGUGCUGCUAUGGCGUGUGGGCGUGCUGCCAUGGCGAGUGGGCGUGCUGCCAUGGCGAUUGGGCGUGCUGCCAUGGCGAUUGGGCGUGCUGCCAUGGCGAUUGGGCGUGCUGCCAUGGCGAGUGGGCGUGCUGCCAUGGCGAGUGGGUGUGCUGCCAUGGCGUGUGGGCGUGCUACCAUGGUGUGUGGGCGUGCUGCCAUGGCAUGUGGGCGUGCUGCCAUGGCAUGGCGAGUGGGCGUGCUGCCAUGGCGUGUGGGCCUAUGA